AUGCUUGAUCUCGAAUCAUUCGGCUUGUCCUCGCUGUUUUCUGUCGAGGGGAAGGUGUGUAGGUCGCAACGUAGAGCUACAGCUACUGAAAUUCUUAGACUACUACCUGGCGACGUCGGGUCUAAACAAAGAGUCGAUGAGCUGGUGAAUGGGCUACAAAAGCUUGAGGAUCACAUCGACGUGUUGAUCAAUUGCGCUGGAAUAAAUCGUCCUUGGAAAGCUGAAGCAUCAGAGUUUGAUGGUCGACACAACGAUCCUGACGCAGUCGAGAAGUUGUUGUGGCACGGCCUUGAUGAUGAAAAUUUCCAGUCGACCUAUUCAAUCAAUGUCAACGGCGUCUACUUUAUGAGCACGAGGAUGGUUCCCCUUUUACGCAAGUCACCAGCUCCGACGGUCAUCGUCAUUGCCUCUAUAGCAGGAAUGAUGCUACAACGUUGGAGCAUUGUCGUAUCCGAUAUCCAAAGUGAGUUUGUCUGUCUCCCAGUCGGAUCGACACUAAUGAUAAGGCUGCGACACUGCACUGUGCAAGUCUACUCGCCUCGCGAUUCACACCGUAAGUCCUUCAUUCUAGUGAUAGAGGCUUCAUGGACUGAUGGAUCUCUUAACAGCUUCAAAAUACGGGUCAACACGAUUCUCCCGGGUAUCUUCCCUUCCGAGAUGACUGGCGUCUCUGCGAAACCUGAUCUCAGCGAUCUGAUAGAGUCCAAUCCCCAAGCGGCAAAGGCAGUGGCACGAUGCCCGGCUGGGCGAGCGGGAGCAGAAACAGAGAUCGUUGGGCCUUGCCUCUUUUUGGCUUCAGCGGCAGGUGGUUACAUGAACAACGCGAGAAUUACCGUUGACGGGGGACGCCUGAUGGCGGCCGGAUCGAAUGACGGCGUUCGCAUGGAGGAUUGGACGUAUGUAUAG